GCGCCGGCCGACUGGGCGUCACAAUGCAAGUGUCCAAGAUCAAGUUCAACGAUCCGACUGCUGUCAGCUUGUCACCCCUCAUGAUCUGUUGGCUGUUCUCGUUCGCCCGAUCGGAGGGUCAACCGCCGGUCGGCACCCCCAGGCCGCCGCCAUGUAACGCUGGCUGCAAUGCACGGCACCAACCAACGUCGAAGACGCACGAAAUGCUUUUAGCCAGAGUUUCAGAAUGUUCGACCUCGGUAGCCCGCUCAACCACUCGCUCACUCUGUACGGCCUAGUAGGACAGGCUGCUUUGGCGUUACAGUGGUACACUAAGAAAAACAAAGUUUUGGUCCAGAGGAACUGCUGUCCGCCAAGGUGGAAACGAAACCAUGGGGGAAGAGUCGGAGAAGGACUCUGGAGGGUGGGUG